GCUGCGCUCCAACGCCUAACGCUACGCGCCGCAUGCGUCUUCGCUUCGUGCCUCUCGAAUUCUACUAUGCGACUCGCGUGUUGCGCUUGCUCGUGUUGUGGUGCUUUAUGAUGGUACAGCAUGAAAGUGCAAGAUAUGCGGACGUUCCGUGACCGACGCCCUGCUAGAUUUGCCACCGCCACAAGUGGGCGGAGAGACGGGACGCUUUCUCGGCUGCUCAGGUGAGCGGCCUCUCGCAUCUGGUUAAAGACGCUGCCAUCUCGGGGUCGAUAAAAAAUGCCUUACAGAUGGACAUGACCUUUUACCGCCGAUUAGCUAGGGUGGAGUCGCAAGUGGCACAAGCGAGUGGCAGGGUGUGGUGAUGGAGUUGGUAAUACUGAAAGCAAGAGCCCAGCUGAAUCGUCUCGUGUCGGGUGAGCGGCGCGCGAGCGCGAGCAAGGACCGGGAGGCGCGCGCGGGCGGCGGCGGUGGCGCGCGGGCGGCGGUGCGCGAGCGCAGCAUGGCGCCCGCCCCCCCCGCGCCGGCGACCGCCGCGCCCUGGCUCAACGCCACGCUAGCAUACAACCUUUCGCGCAUCAACUCAACCUUUGACACCGACUACGAGCUUCUUAACGCUAGUACCGCCGAUGAACACGAUAACCACUGGUUCUGCGCUAAGUGGACCAGCGCUCAACAAGAUCUUUUUCAGGCCGCAAACCUCUGCUUCGCGAUUGCUUUCCUGGCGCCGAAAAGUUUCAAGCAGAGUAUUUUAGUCCUGCGGGCGCUGGCCGCGGCGGGCGCGGUGCUGAUGGGCAUGUGGGCGGGCGCCGAGGUGUGUGCACCCGACGUGCUAGCGUGGAGCCUCGCGCUCGUCCUCGUCAAUUCUAUACACACAGUUUUUUUAAUUAUAAGGUUUCUUCCACCGGCGUUGUCAUUAGAGCUGACUGAUUUGUACCUGAAACUAUUCAAGCCUCUGAAAGUGAAUAAGAAGCACUUUCAGGAGCUAACUCGAGAAGCGAGGGUCGUGAGACUAGAGCCGGGUGAGGCGUACGCGGUCGAAGAAGUCACGCCGGCAGACGAACGAUUGUCAAUAUUAUUGAAGGGAAAGAUGCGAGUGACUUGCGAUGAAACGCAUCUUCAUUAUAUACAGCCUUACCAGUUCGUCGACUCACCCGAAUGGGAAGCGAACCGUGAGCAGUCUGACGACGUCUUCCAGGUAACGGUGGUCGCGGAGGAGGUAUCCACGUGCGUGUGCUGGUCGCGCAUGCGCCUCGAGCGCGUGCUACGUCAUCGCCCUGCCCUCAAGGUCGUACUCGACUGUCUCAUAGGCAAAGAUAUUACGCACAAGCUGUAUUCAGUUAGUGAAGGACUGGGUGCGGGAGUGGGUACCGAGGCCGAAGGUCUGCCGUCACACCUCACGCGUUCAGCCAGCGUCGAUGCUGUACAUGAAGGGGCGCGUGGUCGUUUGCGAAGUCUUGCGUGGAGAGCAAGAUCUACUUCUACAAAAGGGUCUUCGUAUUGGCAGCCUGUAGUUGCACGCCAAUUUCUUCGGCAAUCACCGUUCAGCCGCAGCGUGAUUCCUCCACCUCGGCUAUUAACACAGGUGUCCUCGGCGAGUCUGCAGCCACCCGUGCGUCGCCGCAGCCCACCGCGCCGCACCGCAUCGUUCCGGCGUAGCCGCGAGGUUAAGUUCGCUGAGAGCCCUGCGGAGCCGGCCGUGUGACGCGGGCCGCGGCCCCAGCCCGAGCUGGUGCCGCUGGUCGCGCCCGCCUGUGUUUCCCCCCUCUCACCGCAGUUCCCCUGACCCGACCGCGAGCGAACGAUACCACACACGACAGACUUUUAGCAUCGAUACAUUUUGCCUCCGUACAAGAUCGUCAGACUCUGCGGGGCUAAACGGUGCUGUUAUAUAGAAAAAAAAAUGAGCUUCCCCGUAAACUUCGUGACAAGAUUCGUUCGCUCAAAUCGCGCUUUCGUUGAGAGACACUUAGUGCUCACAAAACAGGAAGUGACCAGUGCAAUAAUGUGGAUUAGCAUCGGACUAUAUACAGAUUGUGCGAAAACAGUGUUUAUAAAACUUAAAAUGUAAUUAUUGUGUGAAAAGUAGAAUAUCUAGUUAGAAGUAAAUGUAUUUUUAUUGUAUUCAUUUUAUCGCUCAACUCCCCUGAUGUUUAGUUGCUUCGAGGUUAUUCGUGACGUACAAGUAUAAUUGAAAGUUUAUUCAAAUUAACAUGAGCUCCAGAUAUCUCGGUUAAUUCGGCAGAAGUUUGGUUAUCACUCGGCCAGAGAGAACGAAUAACAUUUUUUUAUAUUUUUAUUCGUAUGUAUAAUCACUAAUAGACUUAUAAUUUUGUUUCUUUUUAAUUAAUUGGUAAUGAUGGUAAAUAAUUACAACAGAUCCUUUAUUUUUACAUAUUACCAUUACAUUACAUUUAAUCAGAAAUGAUUUCUAUAAAAUCGGAAUUAUUAUUAUGUUUAUUUAGGUGAAGUCGAAAUAGAGCUAUUGUUAUUAAGUCCAUAACAAAAUAUGUGACUAUUUAGAGAGAGAUUUUAUAAUUAUGUUGUACAGAAUAUAAAGUACCUAAGUAAGCAUAUUUUGUUAAUCCAAAGGGCGCUUCCAUUAUUAUGGUCUCAAAAAAAUAUUGCAUAUAGCAAAGACAAUUAUAUCAGUUGAACUUUAUAUUAUAAUUUAUACAAGAUCAUAUAAAAUCGAAAAUGAGUCUUCUCAUACAUUCCCGUACAUAUUGAAAAGUAUAUGUACCUAUAUUUAACACCAUUUUUAUACGAAUGAAUCCGAAUUGAUUACAAAAAAACACUAUAUUUGAACAUUUUAAGAAUAUCCUUCGCUUCGAAAAUGUCCUUUGGAUUAAAUUGUACUAUUAUUUGUAGUAUAAAUACGUGUAAUAGUUAGUUAAAAUAUUAAAAUAAUGCAGUAAGCGAUAAAAUUAAAUUUUCAUAAUCUACUCGGACUGAAGUGCUCACUAAUGAAGAAAAUGAAAUUAUACAUUUUUGUAAAGUGUAGACUUUUUUGUUAAGUACAUAAAUCAUUUUGAAUGACAAUGCCCACAUAUACAUAUAUUGAUCAUAAGCCUAUUUGAAAACUACUAGAAGGUGCUUCAAAAAAUAGCUUCUAGUGUGAAAAAUAAUGAACCUAUUCAAUAUAUUAUCUUAG